GACAAAGUGGAGCAGUUCAUCACCAAUGCAGCUGUAGUGUGUACAGUGCGCUAGCAGGCUACAUAAAGAAUGGAGGUAAAAGUUUUAGUGGAGGGAAUUCCACGUGUGGUCUGUGGGGUCACAGAACAAACAACAUGCCAAGAGGUAGUCAUUGCUUUGGCCCAAUCUCUGGGCCGCACAGGCCGCUACACGCUGAAGGAGAAGUUCAAGGAGUAUGAGCGCAAUGUGACUCCAGAAGAGCACCUCCUGGAGGCCUUGGGGAAGUACGGCGAGCAAGCACGGGAGGUUCAGCUGGCUCUGCACCACAACGGGCCUACCCACAGCACAGAAGAUGAGGCACCCCCAGGCACAGACACCGUCCGACUGAGGGGACCCCGCUACCAGAGCGGAGGAGGUGGAGGAGGCCAGCUGAGGCGUGCCCACGGUCACCGUGGCAGCGAGGGUAAGAACCUCAACCUUAACCGACAGAGCCUCCCUCCUCUUUCCCGCCUGAAGUUCCAGUCAGAGCCCAUCCCAGAGGAGACCAGGAAGCCCAAGAGGAAGUCCCUAACCCUGAUGGAGGAGGCCUGGGGAUGGCUGGAGAGCCUGGGCCGUGGCAGCAGACAGCAGUCCAGCCCCAGAGACAGAACCAGGGUUGGCAAGGAGGACCACAAGGGUGCCAUCACCACCACCAUCACAAGUGAACACAGGGUAAACAGACUCUCUCAAAGCCUCUCUGAUCAACCUACACAGGUGGCUGCUCUUCCACCUUUGCCGCCAGGGAGGAACAGAAGAGACAAGGGUCAGGCUAUUGAGGUACCAAGGGUCAUCGGUUGCCUGGGGAGCUUUGCAAGAGAUGAUGAUCAGGAGGAUGGAGAUGAGAAGAAAAUGCGAGCAGAUAUCAAAGUGCAAAGGAACAAGAGGAAAGAUUCUCUGCAGCAGCAGCAGCAUGCUAACUUGCCCUUCCUGAGGGUGGAGGACCUUCACGUGAGGGCCAGCAGGGAAGUCGAAGAGCAGAAGGAGGAACUGAGGGCGCUCAUCCUUCACCAACAGUCCAGCCUCGUGGAUCUACAGUCACGGAUCAACACGUCGGACGACGAGAUCUGCACGUUGAUGGACCAGCAGAGUAAACGCCAGACGAACCAGGAGAAGACUCAAACUCAGACUCCAGCCCAUAUAUACACGUUGGAGGAGGCCGAGCAGCUGGCCUUCUGGGAGAACGAGCUGAGGGACGAGGAGGGCUUCGAGAGGGACCUCCAGCAGCAGUUUCUGGAACUGAAGGAGAAGGCAGGCGAGUGCAAGGCAUCGCUGCAGGAGUACCAACGCAGGCUGGAGGAGCUCGACCUCAGCUCGAGCCUGGCGACUCUCUUCCCCAAACGAGAUCCCAGAGACACAGGCAAAGAGGCAGAGACAGAAAGGCAGACAGCAAAAGCCAGACUGGAAACACCAAGCACUGGUGGCAUGGCACCCCACACUGCAACUCGGCCUUCAGUGCAGAAAAGAGAGCUGUUUGAGAAUGCAGGGGCAAGACAGAGUAGAACGGGCAGUUUAAACAAAACACCAAGCAUCGGUGCAGCACACAGCAUAACCCGGACUCCAGCCCAAAACAGAGAACUGUUUGAAAGCUUGGGUGCAAGACAGAGUGGUGCCAGCACCUCAGGCAGGCAGCGAGGGGGUGCAGCUAGUGCAAAGCUUCCUCGAAUGUUUGUAGCUCCAGUUCAGUCAUCGUCAGCGGUGGCGGAAGGGGACGCCAGGAUGAGUGACAGGAGGCAGCUGAGGGAGUGGUGGGCGCGCUGGUCAGCUGGCCAGGCAGCAUCCAGGUCUGAGGAGGGGAGCAAAACUCAAGCUGUCCACCGCUCUGAGAUAACCAUACACCUCAGUGGCACCAGAGUCUGAGGAGACUACAAAUAGAUGCUCAAAUGGUUCCACUUUUCGGACUGAAUUUCUGUUCAGACUGCCUGAGAAACAUAGUAUGCUCUGGUAAUAUUUGCCAUUGGGCUGUGAUUUUGGAUAUGACAAAAAUGAAUCACUGCAAUAACAUCACUUAAUGUGAGUCUAAAAAGAGUCCAGCCCAUUCUUAAGUCUGAGAUUAUUUCAAUGACUUAAUUUCAUUGCAUUCACAUGCUGUUUGUAGUUAAGACCGUAUUAAUUCACACAAGAGCAGGGUGGGACAGUAGCGAGACGACAGGUCUUUCUGCUUAGUUUCGGCCAGUGUGUUCUACUCAUCCUCUAACACUGACAGUGUCGGCAUGCGCGGCCAGUCCAGUUCAAAAUCAGAGCGGAGCCGGCCCCUGUGCCGCUACUGCCCAACUACCGCCGGUUGGUGGAAGGACAGAUCUGUUUCCAUGUAUUUGACACCGCCGGUAAGAAUCGCUUCCGUCCCACGACGCUUCACCACUCUGGUGUGAAUUAGGCCUGAGGCAUUAUGCGGGUCAGAUGUAUAAAUUGAACAGUGUGUCGUUGAAGUUGUUACAGUAUUUCAAAAUAGGGACUCAACCAAAAGGUACUGUAUAUACAGAAUCCAUCUUGAAAUGCAGGAAGGAACUGAUACAGCAGGCAAUUGGUGUAUUUUAGUGAUGUAAAAACACAUUUUUCCAAGUAUAUCAUUACAAAUGUCUUAUUCUUCCUCUUUAAAAAAAUAAAAUAGAACAUUCAGUUCAAUGUGGUUUAGUUUUUGUUUUUUUUUUUAAAUAGAAAAGACAAGGCAACAGCAUUCAUUUUCAUAAAACGUUUAUUUCAAUUUUGUUUUUCAUUCAAGACCAUUAACAAAAGUAUAUAGGGAGAAACCCCAUAUGCAGUUAAGCUGGAGCUCAACAUUCUCCAGCUUAAAUUCAACUUGACAGUCGGACAGCCCCACGUGUCUUCUGAAGCACAGCAAAGCCCCACCGCUGGCUCUAACACCACACUAAUCGAAACCCUUAGGAUUUUUGUGUAUUUGCUAUAUGAUCUUCAGUCACCCAUUCCUUUCCAUUUUUUCCUCACUCAUCUUAGUCAUAUUUUGAUGUUUUUAAUCUCCCACUAAGCGAAAGCACACAUUACAUACAGUAUAGUUUUUUUUAAACCAACCAGAGUGCAUACUUGUAUUAUUUCUACUGGAAACAGAAGCCAUCCUAUGAUUGAUUUUUUUUGUCCUAGGUUUUUUCUUUUUUUGGCGGUUGGCUGGGGUUUGAGGAUAUCUAAUUUUUUUGUUUCAUUUAUUUUAGGCACCUUAAUCUUACUGUAGUUUUUUUUCUUUUCAUAAGCAGACAUUUGAGUUUAAAUAGAACAGAGAAAGCAAAAGAUGUGCAAAGAAAAAAAAAACAGUACACUGUAUAAAAGUAGUGAUGAGUAACUGAUGCCAUUUGGAAUUCUGCACCUGGGAAAGGAAGGUGUGGAACCGGGAAGCCUGGGAAUACCUAAAGGCAUCAAAAACAGAUUCCGGAAAAAUCCAACCAGGAAAGAAAAAAAAAAAGAAAAAAAAGAGAGAAAGAAACUCAAACCAAACUUAAAAUGGAAAUAAGAGCGGUGGAGAGAAGAAAAAGAAACAUAAUAAAAUAAUAAAUCAAAAACAAAUCAUUCACAUUGUUUACAAAACAACAAAACAUGAGCAUUGACCUCAUGACACAGUGUUUCUAGGUCCGGGGUCAAAGUUCGCGAGGAUCAAAAAGGAGGGGGUGUGUUAAAAACUGCUCUAAAAACCGAGCAGGGAGAAGGAGGCUUCCUAUGCAUAGAAUCUCACACACAAUCAGUUUGCUUUGAUUGAUCUAUGAACAACACCCAAACAUGGGGAAGGUUAGUUACAGGUGAAAAAAAGAGGUGGG